CAGAGAAAGCCGGUAGCUGCGCUUUAACAGCCCUGCCUGCUCUGGAGGACUGUCAGUUGUAUUUAAAGUUUGAUGGGAGCCACAACAACUUCUAACUGAUGCUGUUUGUGCGUAAAUGAUGGUGUGAGUCCUCGGUAAAGGGAGACUCAUGCGCAAAAAUGCGGAUUUUUCUCCCUUUGCUGUGGGUUCUGUGCGCCGCGCCGGUCCGCGGCGUUUUCGACGGAGCCUGUCCCAGAAAAGACCCUCCCCCCGGUGUGUUGGUUUUAUCCCCGGGCAGUAAGCUGAUUUUGACCUGCAGCGGUCAUGUGGACGUGGAUGGAGUAAAGGUCAGAGAUGGCUUAAACACCAACAGAUAUGGGAGUUCUACAGAUGCAACCCCAACAACCACUGUGAACAUUAGAAGCAACACUGGAGUUUCAUUAAAAAGUGACAAACACACUGUUGGGAACACUUUAAGUGAGGGGUACCACUCUAACCCCACUGAGGCAACAGAAAACAGAAGCCUUGGACUUACAGAUACAGGAUACACAGUUUCUCCUACCACCUACACAGUCCAGCCGACCAGUGUGAGCAGACUGCGAAAGCGUGAAUCCCAAAACAUGGAUGAAGAGGGCGAUUAUGAGGAAGGGGAGGAGGAUGAGGAGGAAGGGAGCAGAGUAACAAGGGGCAUAAAGUCGAGGAUACAGUGGAAGUGGAAUGGAAGGACAGUGGGAAAAGGAGACAGAGACUGGGGAGAAAUCACAUUUGAGAGAAGAGGAGCUUCACUGUCUCUGUCCUCAGUGAGACUGAUGGACUCUGGGAGGUACACGUGUUAUCACAGAGGCAGAGAGAGGUUCUCCUUAAAAGUUACAGUUUCAGAUCAUCCAGAGACUCCCAGCCUGUCCUGCUACAAAAGGUCACCCAGCAGUAAGAUUCGCUGUGAGUGGACACCUCAGAAGCCUGUCGCAGUAAUACCUACCUGUUACCUCUUACUCAGUAAAAGCCCGUCAGAGCCAUUCUUUCGCAUUACUUGCUCAUACUCAUCUCGCCUCUCCCGCUGUUGGUGUGCUCUGGACUACCAUGAGGACGAGAUGAGAACGCUUCACUUGGCCUUCUUGUGUGUUACAAGCAUCACUGGCAACGCCACCAGCAACCUGCUGCAAUUCACACCUCUGGACAUUUUGAAGCCCAAUCCUCCAUCGGAUGUGUCAGUACGCCAGGAGGAGGGACACGAGACGAAGUUGACGGCUACCUGGAGUCUGCCAAUUUCCUGGAAGUCUCAAGACAGCUAUUAUGCACUUACCUACGAGAUCAAAUAUCGGCCUCUCAAGUCCUCGUUUUAUCAGAAUCAGGUACAGGGGAUAAAGAUCCAGCGCUCCUACACUAUCACUGAUGCUCUGUCAGGUGUUGAGUACCUGAUACAGGUCAGAGCAAAGGACGAAUAUGAUGGUCAGUGGAGCGAGUGGAGUGCCCCAGUCUAUGCCAGCAGCUGGACAGCCAAAGCAACCGUGGACUAUGAUGAUCUCGCUCCGACCGUGUUUCCAGUGUACAGGGAAGGCUCUGGUUUUUCAGACGACUAUGCCACUGAUGUUCCUGGCCCGGUGUAUAGCGAAGUGGCGGUGUCACAUCACGUGAUCUGGUGGAUCUCUGGCUCAUUUUUCGUCUUGUUGGUCAUUUUGGCCGCCUACAUAUUCAGACACAAGGACAGAUUUAUGUCUAAACUCCAGAGUCUGAGUGUCAUCACCCAAUGCAGUGACUCGCCUCAGCCUUCGCCCUCUGCCCCAACACCUCCAGAAAGUCAAAGUCUGGUGACCUUUGCACCGCGUUGUUACAAGAAACCCCCACCGAGUGAAGAAAAAGAAGAGGAAGCAGAAAAUGAAAAAGAAGAGGAAGAGGAAAAUGAAGAAGAAGAUCAACAGGUGAAUGAGAGGAUAGAAGCCACGCACUUCAGUAACACAAGUUAUUUCUUUCUCCGCAGUGAGUGUUGAGCAGGCAGAAAGGGGAGUAAAACUCACCGGAGCCAGUAGUAUAAUGGACUAAAGAUUGUUGUGGUUCUCCAUAAAGAAUCUGUUGGAGGCAAAUUCAGGAGCACCUUGUGCAGUCUGUGUCUGUCUAUCUUUAACUAAUGCCUAAAAUACCUCUAAAAGACUUUUUGUUGUUGUACUUGUCUUAAGAGCAGCCUUUUAGCGCCUCUCUCUCUCGUCCGUGCUGAUUGAAGAGUGUUGAUAAACUAUAGAUUAGAUGUAGGCUUAAGUAUAAACCUGCGUCUAGCAUACUGCCUCAUGUUCUGUUUGUAUAUAAUUUUUUUAAGUGUUAUCAAUUAUGUCAUUUGCAUCAUGCUGUUUCAGUUUCCAUAUUUUCUUUGAACAGCAACUGGAAAAAGUUGUUUAAUGUUUAUCUAUUUUUCUGCCUUUUAGACUGAUAAAGGUGUGUUUUUUGUCCCAUUUAUGGCUGUGUGUUAAAGAUCACAAUUAUGAACUGAA